ACAGCUAUGUACCACCACUCUUGCCCCUUCUAUAAUUUUGAAAAUGUGAAGUGAUUUACCUAUAAUUAAAAAAAAUAAUUUUAGAAGGUUGGCAACAAUAUUCAAAAGAACAUCUUGGAGAAACCAAGAGUGAUGGAAACUGAGAAUUUACCCUGAGUUAUUCUAUAGUUCUAGAGAACUUGUAAGACAAUAUAGAUUUACUCAUGCCUGUAUUAAAAGAAAGUACUCCAGAUUCCAAGGUGACCUUUUUAAAAUAAUAAUAAUUGCAUAGGAAAGCAACUCUGUGACCUCAUGUUUUUGUCUGAUAUUUUAGGAAAAAAUGGUAAUCCAGUGGCAGAGAAUUUCCGAAUGGGAAGAAGUCAGUUACCAUGAUAUAAAUGAAGGACAGGUACAGUUAGAACUCUUUAUCUGUCUGUGGACCCUUACAUGCGUUGUAGGAUGAAUGAAGAUACUGGCAGUGAUUAUUUAGUACCUUGGCAGCUGUCUCAGGUGGUUGAUGGCGGAGGCAUUGGAAUUAUAGAAGACAGCAAGCACACAAGUUUGACUAAAGGCGAUGUUGUGACUUCUUUCUUUUGGCCCUGGCAAACUAAAGCUGUUCUAGAUGGGAGCAUCCUUGAAAAGGUAGACCCACAACUUGUGGGUGGACACCUUUCAUAUUUUCUUGGAGCUAUAGGUAUGCCUGGUUUGACUUCCUUGAUUGGAAUACAGGAAAAAGGUCAUAUAACUGCUGGAUCUAAUCAGACAAUGGUUGUCAGUGGAGCAGCAGGUGCCUGUGGAUCCUUGGGUGGGCAGAUUGGCCGUUUGCUGGGCUGUUCCAGAGUGGUGGGAAUUUGUGGAACACAUGAGAAAUGCCUCCUUUUGACCUCAGAACUGGGCUUUGAUGCUGCGAUCAAUUACAAAAAAGGGAAUGUGGCAGAACAACUCCAAGAAUCAUGCCCAGCUGGAGUGGAUGUUUACUUUGACAAUGUUGGUGGUGACAUAAGUGAUACAGUGAUAAGUCAGAUGAAUCAGAACAGCCACAUCAUCCUGUGUGGUCAAAUUUCUCAGUACAAUAAAGAUGUGCCUUAUCCUCCCCCACUGCCCUCAGCUGUAGAGGCAAUCCAGAAGGAAAGAAACAUCACAAGGGAGAGAUUUUUGGUGUUAAAUUACAAGGAUAAAUUUGAGCCUGGCAUUCUGCAGCUGAGUCAAUGGUUUAAAGAAGGAAAGCUAAAGAUCAAGGAGACUGUGAUAAAUGGAUUGGAAAACAUGGGAGCUGCCUUCCAGUCCAUGAUGACAGGAGGUAACAUCGGAAAACAGAUAGUCUGCAUUUCAGAAGAUACUUCUUUAUAAUCUGUCUUCAUCAACAAAAUCACACAUAUUUCUUUUGUUUUGCAUAUGACAUUAAAAAAAAAAAGCCCUUAGGGCCCAGUGCCAGUGACUCAUGCCUGCAAUCCUAGCUACUUG